UUCCGCGCUCCCCCUCCCCUCUGCGCGCUGACGUUGUCGCGUCUCGCUCUCUCGGCGGCUGGAAGCGGCGGGGGCAGGUGACGGCGGCUCGGGCGGCUGUUUGCUCGCUCGCUCGCUCAGCGGUGAAGGGACGGAGCAGCGCGAGCCGGGCCCGCGGAGAAGUUGAAACGCUAGUAAGUGUUCCCUUGUGCAGCGCAAAAGAAUGAGCCAACAGUGGGAAAGUGUACGCUAUAUCCUGAUUGAAUACAUUUGAAGAGGACAGUUUUAGUCUUGUGGCAUGCUUCAGCAGGAACCAUACUAAAAAGGAAGUGCCUACAGGCAGAGCACUUGAGGAUUUUCUGUCAUGAAAGCAAGAUUUACAAUCUUGCAGCUGCUGUUCGUUUUUUGAGGAGGCAUACAAACAGCUGGCUGACUGGAUGCACUCAAGCAGCUAUUGCACCAGAGUAUGCAUGAAAGAAAAUUCCUUAUUGAUUAGUUAACACCCUGCCUGGGAGCACAGAAGGAACUUCAAACCAAUUAGUCUGAAUUGGCAUACUAAAACUGACAUAGACAACAAGGUUGGGAUGCUGAACUUGGUAUUUGGAAGCCAUUGUUUUUGUUAAUGUCACUGAAGUAGGGAACAGAAUGCUGUAAUCUUUCCUAAAGGUAUGCAUCUAUAAAACUUAAAUAUUUUAAAGUGUUUAGUUUGUUUCAUAUCUGAUUUGUCCAAAAGUUUAAUUUCAUGGAAAGCUUCCAUUUAUUCUGUGAUUGGUAUUGUCUUUGGUGAGUUAAUACUUAAUACCUGACUUAAAUCUAUUUCUGAUCCUUUGUAGGAUGGCUGGCUGUGGUGAAAUUGAUCACUCCAUCAACAUGCUUCCCACUAAUAGGAAGACAAAUGAGUCCUGUUCUAAUGCAACACCUUCCCUGACAGUCCCUGAAUGUGCUAUCUGUCUGCAAACGUGUGUCCACCCAGUGAGUCUGCCUUGUAAACAUGUUUUCUGCUAUCUGUGUGUGAAGGGAGCUUCCUGGCUUGGAAAACGAUGUGCACUGUGUCGGCAGGAGAUUCCCGAGGACUUUCUUGACAAGCCAACCUUACUAUCACCAGAGGAACUCAAAGUGGCGAGCAGGGGCAAUGGGGAAUACGCUUGGUACUAUGAAGGUAGAAAUGGUUGGUGGCAAUAUGAUGAACGUACCAGUAGGGAGCUGGAAGAUGCCUUUUCCAAAGGUAAAAAGAGUACUGAAAUGUUAAUUGCUGGGUUUUUGUAUGUAGCAGAUCUCGAAAACAUGGUUCAGUAUAGGAGAAAUGAGCAUGGACGUCGCAGGAAAAUAAAACGGGACAUAAUAGAUAUACCAAAGAAGGGAGUGGCCGGGCUUAGGUUGGACUGUGAUUCUAACACUGUCAAUCUAGGAAGAGAGAGCUCUGCUGAUGGUGCAGACAGUACAUCGGUUCUGGGGGCUGCUGCUGCGCAGCCUCUAGCAUCCGUUUCUGCUAGACCCCUAACUUCACUAGAUGGUCAGCUGACGAGUCCUGCAACGCCAUCACCUGAUGCAAGCACUUCUUUAGAGAACUCUUUUGCCCACUUACAAAUAAACGGAGACAGCAUGGCUGAAAGAAGUCAUAGGGGAGAGGGAGAGGAAGACCAGGAGUCAUCGUCUUCUGGUAGGGUGCCAGCCCCUGAUACCUCCGUUGAGGAAACCGAAUCGGAUGAUAGCAGCGAUAGUGAGGAUGUGUAUGCUCAACUUCAGCAACUCACGUCCUCUGCCCAGCAAAGACACUUGAAUGCAAAUGCAAACCAAUCAGUAAUAGAGAGACCAGUGGCAGGGGGUGGGGCAGUAAGCAGCAGUGUAAGAUCUAGAAGACCUGAUGGACAGUGCACGGUAACUGAAGUUUAAAUUUAGAGCCAUGUGUUUUAAAAACUCAGUCCAGUAUAUGUAAAUUUUCUGUCCAUGCUGGCAUUGCACUCAAACCUAGCAGUGUAUUUGAAAUGGGAUGGGGGAACGAGAGAAACAGAUUUGGCCUGUUAACUUAAAGUCUCAACAUGUCUCAGCUGGAAGACUCUUUAAAUGUAAGAAACUGGGGUGUCUUGUUAAUGGUUUGAAAGCUACUUAGCAAUACCCAGUUUUCUUGAAAAUGUCUUUUGUGUUUAUUUUGUAGCAUUUUACCCCAUGGAGAUACUCAGUCCCUUUUUGGCCAAUGUAUAUCCACUGUACAAUUCAGAUUGUCUUCAUUAUCUGACUGUUGCAUUAAGUGUUUUACUACUUUCUGCAUGGAUUGAUAUAUGAAAAGAACACUAAAGCAAUGUGGGAACAGACAAGAUGUUGGGUAUGAGCAGGAUGCUUAAUUUAAUGUGAGAAAAUAUGUGAGUUUGGAGUUAAGAUGUGUUUUAUUAGACAAAGCAAUCAUUUUAUCUUCCUGCAGUGGAAAUGUAAAAAUGCUAUUAACUUUUGUUGAAAAUUCUUAUCUGUACACACUUCAUGGCGUUUUCAUUGGCUUUGCUGUCUAGUCCUUGUAGUUUGUUUUUGAGGUCUUUGUUGAUCUGUCUUGUUUUUGUUACAAAAUUUAUAAUUUAAUAAAAACUACACUUUAACAAUC